CCAGCAGACGUUAGUCAUUGGAAGUUUCCUCAUUGAAUAAUGUCCUCCUUUAAUAAUGUUAAACAUAUCGUUGUUGUUGGUGACGGACAAGUUGGGAAAACAUCUCUUCUUUUCGCCUAUACCGAUGGGUCCUUCAAGGAAACUUAUCAGGCCACAAUCUUCGAGAAGGAGGAAAUCGAGCUGACUGUGGACAAUAUACUGUAUUACGUUAAGCUGUAUGAUACAGCCGGUCAGGAGGAUUUUGAUAAAAUACGUCAAACUUUCUACAAACGAGCUGAUGCCUUUUUAUUGUGUUAUUCGAUUCCCGAACGCACUUCUUUUGACAAUAUUGAACUCAAAUGGAUUCCAGAACUGAGACGUUCGCAACCAAACAUACCGAUUGUUCUGGUAGGGACAAAAGAGGAUAUGAAGACACCGCAUGCGGUGACUACAAAAGAAGGGGAAGCCCUCCGGAAGAGGAUAAAUGCAAAUAUAUUUAUUGAGAGUUCCGCAAAAACUCAUAAAAAUGUCCAACUAGUCAUUCAUGAGGCUGUUCGAGCUUCAGUUGUUGGAGUCACGAAUAAUUAUGCUGCUGAUGAAGAAAAUUCCGAAAGUUGCUCAUGUUGGUGCUGGUAAAAAAUUCUCAACAAUUUGUACUUAAAAUUAUUAUUAUUCUAUAAGACUAUAAAGACGAUAUAAAGACCAAGA